UUGCAGCGGUGAGGUUGCCGUCGGGUAAAAUGUUCCGCCGCGCCACCCAAUUCUAUGCUACGCCGACCUCGAUUAUCCACUCCAAUCGCUCACCGCCCCUCCCAUUCAGAAGAGCCACCGAUCGAGCAAAGAGCCACGCGGGAGUCACGAUGACCGACGGCAGCGGCAGCGGCAGCGGGAAGGUGGUGUGCGUGACGGGCGCGUCAGGCUACAUCGCCUCGUGGCUGGUGAAGCUCCUCCUCCAGCGCGGCUACACCGUCCGCGCCUCCGUCCGAGACGCUGCUGAUCCAAAGAAGACUGAACACUUGCGUGCUCUGGAAGGAGCCUCUGAGAGACUGCUUUUUUUUAAAGCCAACUUAUUAGAUGAGGGAUCCUUUGAUGCUGUGGUUAACGGUUGUGAUGGUGUUUUCCACACUGCAUCUCCUUUUCACUUUGCAGCUGCAGAUCCUCAGGCUGACAUAAUUGAACCAGCGGUGAAAGGGACACUUAAUGUUUUGGCUUCCUGUAAGAAAUUUUCUGUGAAAAGGGUUGUUGUUACAUCAUCGUUGGCUGCUGUUGUAUACAAUGAUAAACCAAAGAAUCCUGAUGUGGUAGUUGAUGAGACAUGGUUCUCAGAUCCUGAGGUCUGCAAGCGGGAUGAGCAAUGGUACGUGCUCUCGAAGACUUUGGCAGAGGAGGCUGCUUGGAAAUUUGCCAAGGAGAAUGCUAUAGAUAUUGUCACAAUAAACCCAGGAAUGGUCGUAGGCCCUCUUCUGCAGUCAACACUUAACACAAGUUCUGCUUUAAUCCUGAACUUAAUAAAUGGUUCAUCCACAUUUCUUAAUGCAACCUUUGGGUGGGUAAAUGUUCAAGACGUUGCCAAGGCACACAUUUUGGCAUUUGAACUUCCCUCGGCAUCAGGAAGAUAUUGUCUUGCUGAAAGGGUUUCUCACUUUUCAGACAUUGUGAAGAUCAUACGUGAACUGUAUCCUGCUUUACCACUUCCUGAGAAGUGCGCUGAUGACAAGCCCUUUGUGCCUGUAUACCAAAUCUCCAAAGAAAAAUACAAGAGUCUGGGCCUCGACUACAUUCCUCUGGAAACAAGCAUCAAGGAAACUAUCGAGAGCUUGAAAGAGAAGAACUUUGUUAAUUUUUGAUAUUUGAUGCGACCGAGUAGAUUGCAUCGCGAAUUAGUGUAGGGCAACUUUAAUGGCUAUGAUAUGAAAGUAGAACAUGAUUGCAUAGCGUGGCAUAAGCUUGAAGAGAACAAGUGAAGGAUGAUCCAUAACAAGGUGCAGACUCCUUAUGUGAUACGAUUGCUUGAUCACCGUUUAUGUCUAGUUCAUAUGCUACUUGUUCUGGGUUGUCUCGGAUGCCUAUAUAUUAGAAACACUCCUUGCUAGUGCAUGUCUCUUUUGAAUUCA